UUCUAUUUCAAUUCAGUUAAUAUUACCAUCGACUUAUAAUACCAUCAUCCACAACACGUUUAUUCAAGAUGCAGCUUCAAUCAUUCUUCGCUGUCGGCCUGGUCGCCGUUACUGGUGUGAACUCUCUCGGACUUAGCUUCUCAGGCGUAGCCCUCACCAUGGCUCCCGUUCUCGCCCGGGCGGCGGUAGCUGACUUGCCCGAUAUCGUCAUCAAGAGACAAGAGCUCUCAAACGCGGACCUCGUGGCGGCCGACCUGGAAGAGGCAGGUGAUCUCGAGAGACGCGUCUCCACUGAGCCUGAGGAUGAGGAGGAGCCCGUGGAGGUCGUGGCCAAGAGAGGCGAGCAGGCCGCCGAGGAGUUCUUUGCUGAGGAUUUGGGAAGUGAUGCGGAUGAGUAAGAGAUUUGAUGUAAGAACUCCAUGAGAUUACGGAUUAAUAUGAAAACAAAUUUCCAUCCACGGCGUUGGGCAAUAAGCGAUAUCAGCGAUGAGGCUAGGCGUUGCGUGUCUUGCAUCCGCCAAACUCGGCUUGGCAGUGGAUUUUCCCGACAAUUCGGUCUUCAUGUAAGGCUUUCAGAGCAUAGUGAGAAGCCAUUGCAGAUACAUAGCCCGAGUUGCUAGGGACAUCGCUGAACCAAGCGGGCGAGCAAACUCAACUACCAUCCGGGCUCGUGUCAGAUUGUUUUUCAUUUGGUUGU